CUUUCAUUUGUCAAAUUAAAUUAAUCAAUAAAUAUGUUGUUUUGAAUUCUGUUUGUUUUCCUUGAUAGUUAGAUAAAUUUCCAUAGUUAAAUCGAAUAACUCACGAAAAUCAUUACAACUAUUGCAAGAUGUCUUCUUCAGAGACUUCUGACCCGGACACAGUCGUGGAAGUAAUCAGAAAGCCCGUCUGCCUGAUCAUUUUAGGCAUGGCCGGUGCUGGUAAGACAUCAUUCACAAGACGUCUCGCCAGUAAAGUAAUAGAAGAUUCAAGACCAUAUCUCAUUAAUUUGGACCCUGCCUGUCGAGAAGUACCAUAUCCAGCUAACAUUGAUAUCAGAGACACUGUUGAUUAUAAAGAAGUGAUGAAACAGUAUGGCCUGGGUCCAAAUGGAGGUAUAGUGACAGCCCUCAACUUAUUUUCCACAAAGUUUGGCCAAGUUGUGAAUCUCAUAGAAAAGGCUGGCAAGAAACAUAAAUACUGUGUAAUAGAUACACCAGGUCAAAUAGAAGUGUUCACAUGGUCGGCGUCAGGGACAAUAGUGAGUGAGUCAUUAGCGUCUGCCUGCCCCACUGUAGUUGUGUACGUAAUGGACACAGUCCGCAGUGUCUCCCCUGUCACGUUCAUGUCCAACAUGCUGUAUGCAUGCUCUAUACUGUACAAGACACGGCUGCCAUUUAUUGUCGUCAUGAAUAAGACAGACGUAGUAGACAAUUCAUACGCGGUGGAAUGGAUGCGGGACUUCGAAGCGUUCCAGGAGGCGCUGGACGCGGGCGGCGAAGGUGACGGCGAGGGAGGCCCUUCGUAUGUUGGGAACCUCACUCGCUCUAUGGCGCUCGCACUUGACGCCUUCUAUUCCGACCUCAAGUGUUGCGGGGUCAGCGCGCACACCGGUCAGGGCAUUGACGAGUUCUUCAAGUUGGUUGACGCUGCUGCUGAAGAAUAUGAAAAAGAAUACAAACAAGACUGGUUGAAGAUGCGCGCACAGAAAUUGGAAGAACAGAAAAAGAAGGAUGAAGAAAAAAGACUCCAGAGAGAGAAACCCAACAUUGUGCUGGAAAAGAAGAAGCUAAUUGAGGAAAUUCCAGCUGGACGGGAGAUCAGUGACAUGUACUUGAAGCAUCCGGGCAACGAGAGCUCCAGCGAUGAGGAGGGCACUGAACUCAAACCAGAUGUUGAUGAUAAACCCAAGGAUGUUGCCAUGUUCCAAGAAUUCCUCAACAAACACGUGAAACCUAACAAUACGGGGAAUAAAACUUAAUGACAAGUGUAUGUACAAAAUCUUGUAAAUAUAGGUUAAGGUAUUUUAAAUAAACUACUGUA